UGCUUUUUAUUCAAUCUUUGAUGAAUUGGUAUCAUGAUUUUCAAGAUAUCUGGGUUAGUGUUUAAGAGAUAUUACUAAAUCAACUUAUCUACAGGAUUCUAACUUCUUCACAAGGUCAAUGUCAACAGCAGCAUCAACACCAAGUGGGGAGGUAUUGAUAAGUCUGGCAAGUGCCUUGUCAACCAUUUGAUAUUUCCAAUAGAAUAUGAAGAAGAUGGCUAGUUGCCUACAAAUACAAAUUCGACGAGGAAACUCAUUUACAGAAAGCCUUGAUCAAUGAUCAUUAGAAAGGCACUACAUGUAAUAUGACAGCGAACCGCAAUACAUGCUGAAGUCUGCAUGGUUUUAGAAUGAAACCCUCAACCCGGUUUAUUUCUUCAUUCAUUGUGAGUUUACUGCACUGAAACGGACCAUCAGAGUCUUAUGUACAUUUUCCCCAUUGCUCAAGAGACCUACAUCGUCGACCCUUAAUGCGGAGGUUUCAUACGAUUUCUAAGGAUUUUGCAUUUCACAACGAUUUGGAUGGAAAGAGAACAAUGAAUUACAUUUACACCUAUGGACCCACGACGAAAGUAUCGAAGAUUUGUAAGAGCGCAGAUGGUGAGACCAAAUCUUGAUCGUGUAACCAAGCACGAAGUUUUCCACCAGAAACUCUGAAAACCUUCCCGACCUCAACGGAGGCUUUUAAAUUUCUUGGAAACGGGGGCUACGGAAGGUUCGUCACUACCCGUCGUCCGAGCUCGUCGGUGCUUGAUGAGGCGCCCCAGAGGAUGGUCUCCACAUAAGAUCACAAUGGUUACGACGGCAUGGUUGUAUAGAUAGAAUGGGCUUUCCUUAUUUUCUCUUGUCAGAUCUCAUUCAAGACAGCUUGUUCAUAUAUCAGAUACUAAAAAUCAACUCGAUUCAUCAAUAUGACUUAACCAAUCACUCUUUACAGCCAUAUAACCGGCCCAACCCAUCGAAGGUAGCUAUCAUUCUAGAAGAACUCAAGAUCCCAUACACCACCGAAUACCUAGCCCCCCCUGCAAAUCCCUCAACCCCAACCCCUCCCUCACCCUCUAGGAAUCCAGCACCAUCACGAAAUACCUCAUCAACACCCACGACCCCUCCACCCUCCUUCCCUACCCCUCCUACCCCACACACCACCACCCAAACCAAUCUUCACAUCCCCAAACAUCCAACCAAGCACCCUCCUCCAACCACCAACCAACCAACCAACCCAUCCAAUGUAUCAAACCCCACAGCGAAAAACCGAAUAGCGCCACCGAGCUAUCUCAACCAAAUCAAACACGUCUUAUACAUAUGA